CCUGGACGACUACCGCCCUAGUCUCGAUGGGCGCCAGGCACAGCUGGAAUCCUAAACACGCUUAGCCUCAUUCAACGCCCGAGUAAGCUCUGCAAAGGACUGAGCGGCGCUCCGCAUUCAGAAAUCUGGGAGUCCCUUCCAGCCCCGCUGUUCCUGCCCGAGCGUCAGCGGCUGAGCGCGGCUUUCCCUUUAAAAGGCUGGCAGCGCUCAGACGCCCGUCUGCAUGAAUGGAACUCCCCCUUCCCGUUGCCUCUCCCUCCUCUCGCCCCGCCGUUUCCUCUCCGGUCGAGCUCAUUUCGCCGAACUGCGGGGUCCCUUGCAGUCUUUCCCCUUAAUUGCAAAAUGGGUCCUUCUCGGCGCGUCGCCGUUUCUCCUGAAUCUCCACCGAAGGCCGUCUAGGGGUCGCCAGUCGACGCGUGCCGAGCUCUCGUUUAGGCGCAGUUUAAGCCCCCUUCUCGUGGCUUCUCUCCCUUCCUCUUCCCCUCCGCCCGCUUCUUCCCUGCAGCUUUGGAGCAAUGGUAGAGGCAGAAGAGGGGGAGGGAUGCAGCUCGGGCAAGAAGGGGACGCCACCACCACCGGAGACCGCCGCGCACCGCUAGCCGAAGGAGACAGAGCGCCGCCAAUAUUGGGACCAAACAUUUCCACCCGAACUUCAUCAUGUCCACCAAAGCGGAGCAGUUUGCUUCCAAGAUCCGGUACUUGCAAGAAUACCAUAACCGCGUCCUUCACAACAUUUACCCUGUCCCCUCUGGAACGGACAUUGCAAACACUCUGAAAUACUUUUCUCAGACAUUGCUAAGCAUUUUGUCCCGCACAGGGAAGAAGGAGAAUCAAGAUGCCUCCAAUUUGACAGUGCCCAUGACCAUGUGUCUUUUUCCUGUGCCAUUCCCACUCACCCCAUCUCUAAGACCACAGGUCAGUUCCAUCAACCCUACUGUUACUCGCUCCCUCCUUUACAGCGUCCUGCGAGAUGCUCCCACUGAACGCGGCCAGCAAAGUCGUGAUGCUCAGUUAUCAGACUACCCAUCAUUGGACUAUCAAGGACUAUACGUGACAUUGGUGACUCUGCUGGAUCUAGUCCCUUUGCUGCAACAUGGUCAACACGAUCUUGGACAGUCAAUAUUUUACACAACCACGUGUUUGCUCCCUUUUCUCAAUGAUGACAUCUUGAGUACUUUACCGUAUACGAUGAUCUCCACAUUAGCCACGUUCCCGCCAUUUCUGCACAAAGACAUCAUAGAGUAUCUCAGCACCUCGUUCUUGCCCAUGGCAAUAUUGGGCUCCUCAAGAAGAGAAGGAGUGCCUGCUCAUGUUAAUCUUUCUGCAUCUUCAAUGUUAAUGAUCGCAAUGCAGUAUACAUCCAAUCCUGUGUACCAUUGUCAGUUACUGGAAUGCCUUAUGAAGUACAAACAAGAAGUAUGGAAAGACUUGCUGUAUGUAAUAGCAUAUGGCCCUUCUCAAGUAAAACCACCUGCAGUACAAAUGCUUUUCCACUACUGGCCCAACUUAAAACCUCCUGGGGCUAUAAGCGAAUACAGAGGACUACAAUACACAGCAUGGAAUCCCAUACACUGUCAGCACAUUGAAUGCCAUAAUGCCAUUAACAAGCCGGCAGUGAAGAUGUGCAUAGAUCCUUCCUUGUCUGUGGCUCUGGGUGAUAAACCACCCCCUCUCUACCUUUGUGAAGAAUGCAGCCAGAGGAUUGCAGGGGAUCACAGCGAAUGGUUGAUUGAUGUUCUUUUGCCACAAGCUGAAAUUUCUGCUAUAUGUCAAAAGAAGAACUGUAGCUCACAUGUUAGGAGGGCUGUUGUCACAUGUUUUUCUGCUGGUUGCUGUGAUCGCCAUGGGAACAGGCCAGUGCGUUACUGCAAACGAUGCCACUCAAACCAUCACAGCAGUGAAGUUGGGGCAACGGCUGAGACUCAUCUCUACCAGACAUCACCCCCUCCUAUCAAUACUCGGGAAUGUGGAGCUGAGGAACUAGUUUGUACUGUGGAAGCUGUUAUCAGCUUAUUGAAAGAGGCUGAAUUCCAUGCAGAGCAAAGAGAGUAUGAGCUCAAUCGCAGGAGACAGCUGGGCUUGUCCUCUUCGCAUCAUUCUUUGGACAACACAGACUUUGAUAACAAAGACGAUGACAAGCAUGACCAGCGCCUUCUGAGCCAGUUUGGAAUUUGGUUCUUGGUAAGCCUCUGCACCCCUAGCGAGAACACCCCCACAGAGAGCUUGGCUCGGCUGGUCAGCAUGGUCUUCCAGUGGUUCCAUUCCACAGCCUACAUGAUGGAUGAUGAAGUUGGCAGUCUAGUGGAGAAACUCAAGCCCCAGUUUGUCACCAAGUGGCUGAAGACAGUGUGUGAUGUUCGGUUUGAUGUCAUGGUGAUGUGUCUCCUUCCUAAACCAAUGGAGUUUGCAAGGGUGGGUGGAUACUGGGACAAGUCCUGCAGCACCGUGACGCAGUUAAAGGAAGGUCUGAAUCGGAUCCUGUGCUUGAUUCCAUACAAUGUAAUCAACCAACCUGUGUGGGAUUGUAUUAUGCCAGAGUGGCUGGAAGCCAUCAGGACUGAAGUGCCAGACAAUCAACUGAAGGAGUUCAGGGAAGUAUUAAGCAAAAUGUUUGAUAUUGAGCUGUGCCCGCUCCCUUUUUCCAUGGAGGAGAUGUUUGGCUUCAUAAGCUGUCGGUUUACGGGAUAUCCUUCUUCUGUACAAGAGCAAGCUUUACUCUGGCUUCAUGUGUUAUCUGAAUUAGACAUUGUGGUUCCGCUUCAGUUGCUAAUCAGUAUGUUUUCUGAUGGGGUUAAUUCUGUAAAAGAGCUGGCAAAUCAGAAGAAAUCAAGAGUCAGUGAAUUGACUGGGAACCUUGCAGCCCGAAGGGUGAGCAUUGCUUCUGAUCCAGGACGCAGAGUUCAGCAUAAUACACUGAGCCCAUUCCCAAGUCCAUUUCAGAGUCCAUUUCGCAGCCCCAUGCGCAGCCCCUUCCGUAGCCCUUUCAAGAACUUUGGACACUCUGGAGGAGGAGGAGGAGGAGGAGGAGGAGGAGGAAAGGCUAUUGACUUUGAUUGUGAUGAUGAUGAAAUGAAUUUGAAUUGCUUCAUCCUGAUGUUUGACCUCAUCUUAAAGCAGAUGGAACUACAAGAUGAUGGCAUUACCCUGGGUUUAGAGAACAGCAUCUCCAAAGACAUAAUUUCUAUCAUCACCAAUGUGUUCCAGGCCCCCUGGGGGGGCUCUCAUACCUGCCAAAAAGAUGAGAAGGCAAUUGAAUGUAAUCUGUGCCAGUCUAGUAUCUUGUGUUAUCAGUUGGCUUGUGAACUCCUGGAGAGACUAGCUCCAAAAGAAGAAAUCAGGCUAGUGGAACCUACAGAUAAUCUGGAGGACAGUCUUCUGUAUUCCAGACCUGAGUUCAUUAUAGGAACUGAAGGGGAAGUGGAGAACAAAUCAGCACCAAAGCAUGGAGAAAACCCAGGAAAUCACACAGAGACAACAGAAAAUACAGGUGAUUGGAGAACUGCAGCAGCCAUCAAAAAUGACACCGAGAGGAAAUUCUGUUACCAGCAGCUCCCAGUGACUCUGAAACUUAUCUAUACAAUAUUGCAGGAAAUGACACAAUUUGAAGAGCCAGAUAUUCUUUUUAACAUGCUCAACUGCUUGAAGAUUCUCUGCCUUCACGGGGAGUGUUUAUACAUUGCAAGGAAGGACCACCCACAGUUCUUAGCCUACAUUCAGGAUCAUAUGCUAAUUGCCAGUUUAUGGAGAGUUGUGAAAUCAGAGUUCUCGCAGCUUUCUUCACUGGCAGUGCCUCUCCUUCUCCAUGCGCUGUCGCUUCCGCACGGAGCUGAUAUUUUCUGGACCAUCAUCAAUAGCAACUUCAACAGCAAAGACUGGAAGAUAAGGUUUGAAGCAGUGGAGAAAGUAGCUGUGUUAUGUAGGUUCCUGGAUAUUCACUCAGUGACCAAAAACCACUUACUGAAAUAUUCCUUGGCACAUGCCUUUUGCUCCUUUCUGACCGCCGUGGAGGAUGUCAACCCAGCUGUGGCCACCAGAGCCGGCCUCUUGCUAGAUACCAUAAAAAGGCCAGCUUUGCAGGGCCUUUGUCUUUGCCUUGAUUUCCAGUUUGAUACAGUUGUCAAGGACAGGCCCACAAUUCUUAGCAAGCUUUUGCUGCUUCAUUUUCUCAAGCAAGACAUUCCGGCAUUGAGCUGGGAAUUCUUUGUGAAUCGGUUUGAAACACUCUCUCUUGAAGCACAGCUUCAUCUGGAUUGCAACAAGGAAUUUCCCUUCCCAACGACGAUCACAGCUGUCCGGACGAAUGUUGCCAACUUAAGCGAUACAGCGAUGUGGAAGAUCAAGAGGGCUCGGUUCGCCCGGAAUCGACAGAAGAGUGUGCGUUCUUUGAGAGACAGUGUGAAGGGCCCAGUGGAGUCCAAGAGGGCACUUUCUCUUCCAGAAAACCUAACGACCAAAAUCCCUACUAGGCUGAUCAGGCAUGAGCAAUCUGCUCCAGCACUUGGUGAGACACCAGAACAAACACAAGGGCAUACUUCUCCGGAGAAUGAUAAUACCAUAAAGGACCUUCUCCCAGAGGAUGCUGGCAUUGACCAUCAGACUGUCCACCAACUCAUUACGGUCCUGAUGAAGUUUAUGGCGAAGGACGAGAGCAGUGCAGAGUCAGACAUCAGCAGUGCUAAAGCCUUCAACACGGUCAAGCGCCACUUGUAUGUCUUGCUGGGUUACGAUCAACAGGAAGGAUGCUUCAUGAUUGCUCCUCAAAAAAUGCGCAUUUCAACGUGUUUCAAUGCCUUUAUAGCAGGGAUUGCUCAAGUGAUGGACUAUAAUAUUAACCUGGGGAAGCACCUCCUCCCUUUAGUGGCUCAGGUGCUGAAGUACUGCACAUGCCCCCAGCUCAGGCAUUACUUCCAGCAGCCGCCCCGCUGUUCCCUCUGGUCCCUUAAGCCUCACAUUCGGCAGAUGUGGCUGAAGGCAUUGCUUGUCAUCCUAUAUAAGUAUCCUUACAGAGAUUGUGAGAUCAGUAAAAUCGUGUUGCAUCUCGUUCAUAUAACAGUCAACACACUAAAUGCACAGUAUCACAGCUGCAAGCCUCAUGCCUCGACAGGCCCUUUGUACAGUGACAACAGCAACGUCAGCCGAUACAGUGAGAAGGAAAAAGCAGAGGAAGACAGUGUCUUUGAUGAAUCUGACAUUCAUGAUACACCCACCGGAACCGGCAAUAAAGAGUCACAAACGUUCUUUGCAAGACUGAAAAGAAUUGGGGGUAGCAAAAUGGUGAAAUACCAGCCAGUUGAGAUGAAUGCUCUGAGAAGUGAAAUAGAACUGGCUGAAUACAGAGAAACGGGAGUAUUGCAAGACAGCAUUCUGCACUGUGUGAGAGAAGAAAGCAUUCAGAAAAAGAAACUGCGCUCUCUCAAACAGAAAUCUCUUGACAUAGGAAAUGCAGACUCCCUGUUGUUUACAUUAGACGAACACCGUCGGAAGUCGUGCAUAGACCACUGUGACUUAGAGAAGCCACCAGCCCCUUCCGCUUACACAGCACCAAGGCAGAAUGAAUACGGACGACCUCGGCAAAAUUCCUCCACCAAGAUGGAAGAGGAAGAUACAGGGGAGAAGGUGAACCCACCUGCCAUCCCAGCAAAAACCCAAGCAAGGCGGAGACCUAUCAUACCAGAAGUUAGGUUAAACUGCAUGGAGCCAUACGAAGUGAAAGUGGAUUCCCCAGUUAAAUCUCCUCCACCAAAGGAGGACUUAGAUCUUAUAGACCUGUCCUCUGAUUCAACUUCAGGGCCAGAAAAACAAUCGGUGGUCUCUAAUUCAGAUAGUGACUCGUUGGUCUUUGAGCCGCUCCCUCCUCUCCGUAUAGUGGAAAGUGACGAGGAAGAAACUGACAUCACAAGCCCGCUGAAUGCUGGCAUCUCUGGCAAGAUUGCUGCCUUGUCUCCAUCAAGUCCCACCAGUGUCUCUGUGGUCAGCCUUAGCAUAACCCCCGCUGUGCAGUUCAGCAUUGAAGAUUGCUCCAAAGAGGUAAGCCCUUCUGCAGCAAGCCAUAUUGUGUCAUUCGCAGAAGAGAAACCCCCCUCUGUUACUUCGGAAGGUCAAAAAUAUAUUGAUGAGCUGGCUAAGCCAGAAGAAGUUCAUGAGGCGUCCCCUGGCAGCCCCUUAACUCUAAAGCAAAAACGAGACAUGCUGCAGAAGUCAUUUGCUCUGCCAGAGAUGUCCAUUGAUGACAACUAUGAGUUGUGCAUAGAAGAGAUCAAGCCGAUUGGACCCUUUCCCAGUUCAAGUGGGAAAACUGUCUUCAUUAAGGUCCCCGAAGAGUCUGAGAACCAAAGUGAAAGUGAUAAGCCCGAGGCCAGUGCAGAAUCUGAUACGGAACAAAGUGCAGAACAAAAGCAGGAGGAAGAAGCCGAAGAGUCAGAGUUUAAGAUCCAAAUUGUUCCUAGGCAGAGGAAGCAGAGGAAGAUUGCAGUGAGCGCCAUCCAGAGAGAAUACCUUGACAUUUCCUUCAACAUCUUAGAUAAGCUGGGAGAGCAGAAAGAGACAGAUGCUUCGGCUAAAGUACUUUCAACCCUAGAAAUGCCAAGGGAAUCAUCUUCUGCUCCAACACUUGAAGCAGGUGUACCAGAGAUGAGUAGCCACUCUUCCAUUUCAACUCAGUUCCGACAAAUGAAAAGGGGUUCUCUGGGAGCUCUCACCAUGAACCAGCUAAUGAAGAGGCAGUUGGAGCACCAAUCUAGUGCUCCCCAUAAUAUCAGCACAUGGGACACUGAACAGAUACAGCAUGGGAAGAGGCCGUGCAAUGUCUCGGUUUGCCUAAACCCUGACCUGGAGGGACCACCACUAAGAAUAAGAGGUGCCACAAAAUCCAGCUUGCUGUCAGCACCCAGUAUAGUCAGUAUGUUUGUACCAGCACCAGAAGAUUUUAUUGAUGACCAGCCUACCAUGAUGACUGACAAAUGCCAUGAUUGUGGAGCCAUCUUGGAAGAGUAUGAUGAAGAAACGUUAGGUCUGGCCAUCGUGGUUCUGUCCACUUUUAUUCACCUCAGCCCAGAUCUGGCUGCUCCUUUGCUGCUGGAUAUCAUGCAGUCUGUAGGAAGGCUGGCUUCAAGCACCAAUUUUUCUAAUCAAGCAGAAAGCAUGAUGAUCCCAGGGAAUGCUGCAGGCGUGGCCAAGCAGUUUCUCCGUUGUAUUUUCCAUCAGCUGGCUCCCAAUGGUAUAUUUCCCCAGCUGUUCCAGAGCAACAUCAAAGAUGGAAGUUUUUUACGGACCUUGGCCACAUCUCUUAUGGAUUUCAGUGAACUGAGUUCCAUAGCUGCUUUGAGCCAACUCCUAGAGGGCUUAAACAACAAAAAGAAUUUACCAGCAGGGGGCGGAAUGUUACGCUGCUUAGAAAACAUUGCUACGUUUAUGGAAGCUUUGCCAAUGGAUUCCCCAAGCAACCUCUGGACCACAAUCAGCAACCAGUUUCAGACUUUCUUUACAAAGCUGCCCUGUGUUUUACCACUUAAGUGUUCUUUGGAUUCCAGUUUAAGAAUAAUGAUCUGCUUGCUGAAGAUACCCACCAGCAGUGCUGCCAGAAGUCUGCUGGAGCCAUUUUCAAAAUUGCUGACUUUUGUCAUUCAGAAUGCUGUCUUCACCCUAGCUUACUUGGUAGAACUGUGUGGUUUAUGUCACAGAGCUUUCACAAAGGAAAGGGAUAAGUUCUACUUAACCCGCAGCGUCAUCUUAGAGUUACUGCAAGCUCUGAAGUUAAAGUCACCCUUGCCAGAUACAAACCUGCUUCUUUUGGUCCAGUUUGUUUGUGUAGAUGCGGGAACAAAACUGGCAGAAUCAAUGAUCUUACACAAGCAGAUGAUCGCUUCCAUCCCUGGAUGUGGAACAGCAGCAAUGGAAUGCAUGAGACAGUAUAUUGGGGAAGUUUUGGACUUUAUUGCUGAUAUGCAUACUUUGACUAAAUUAAAGAGUCACAUGAAGACAUGUUCCCAGCCACUGCAUGAGGACACUUUUGGUGGUCAUCUCAAGGUCGGUUUAGCUCAGAUUGCUGCAACGGAAAUCUCACGUGGCAACCAUAGGGACAACAAGGCUGUGGUUCGUUACUUACCUUGGCUGUACCAUCCUCCAUCUGCAAUGCAACAGGGGCCCAAAGAAUUCAUCGAAUGCGUAUCUCACAUCCGGUUGCUCUCUUGGCUCCUGUUGGGGUCACUGACACACAAUGUCAUCUGUCCGAAUUCUCCAUCAGUGUGUAUGCCCAUUCCACUGGAUGCAGGCUCUCAUGUUGCCGAUCAUCUAAUUGUGAUCCUGAUUGGGUUUCCGGAGCAGUCCAAGACAUCCGUUUUGCACAUGUGCUCCCUUUUCCAUGCCUUUAUAUUUGCUCAGCUUUGGACAGUAUAUUGUGAACAAGCAGCAGUUGCUCCCACGGUCCAAAACCAGAAUGAAUUUAGCUUUACAGCAGUCCUCACAGCCCUGGAGUUCUGGAGCCGAGUGACCCCAAGCAUCCUCCAGCUCAUGGCGCAUAACAAGGUGAUGGUAGAAAUGGUGUGUCUCCACGUGAUCAGCUUAAUGGAGGCUUUGCAGGAGUGUAAUUCUACUAUUUUUGUCAAGCUGAUCCCAAUGUGGCUGCCGAUGAUUCAGUCCAAUCUAAAGCACUUGUCAGCUGGGCUCCAGCUCCGUCUGCAAGCUAUUCAGAGCAACGUGAACCAUCAUACCCUUCGGAUGUUGCAGGGCUCGGGCCAGAUGAACGCUAACUCCGCUGUCCUCCGCAAAUGGCUGCAGUGUACCCAGUUCAAAAUGGCUCAAGUGGAAAUCCAGUCGUCUGAAGCAGCAUCUCAGUUUUAUCCAUUAUGAGCUGGGCAGAAUGUUCCAGGACUUUCUGUUUAGUCUAGCAAUAAUAGGGCUGAAGUCAGUGGUGGCUGGUGGCUCCAUGUCAGUGGGGCAGUGGAAGCCAGUCCGGGGUUUAGUCCAGAUUUUCAAGGAGCUGUCCAAGGUCCUUGAAAGUUCAGACUAAAACCCAUAGUGGAUUCCACUACCCCACUGACAUGGAGUCAACAGCUGCCACUGGCUAAAGCUAUAUGAUUAAAGGCCAUCUUUAAAAAGUAUAAAACAGUACUGUAGCAACACUUUCUCUUUGUCUGGUAGAUGUAUACAAAUAGGUGAAAUGGGUCAAGUUACUGGUCUGACUGCAUCCACCCCUAACCAUAGCUGCGUAUUUGCUCAUGUGAAUAAUGGCCCAUAAAAUUUACAGGGCUGCUCUCCAAAAUGAGGGUUCACUAAAUGAGGCCUGAGCAUAGCAAGAUGUGAAAUAUGUGUUUCAAAACGUUUUCUUAUCCCCCCCUUAGGAAAUUACUCUCCCCCCACCCCUGAUUACUUUAAAUAUUUUUCAAUGCCACAGUUUUGUGUGUGUGUGUGUUCAUAGAUACCAAUGAGUGCUCUAUGCUGCUAUUUAUAAAUGAUAAGCAGGGUUUUUAGCAACCUUCUCAGUGCAUUCUAGCUGCUGUCGUCAUCUUGCAACUCAAACAAGGUAAUGCAAUAAAUAUUGUCACUUUAAAAUAGUGACUGUAUAAUGAGGAUUUUUGUAAGGGUUUUUCCCCCCUUCUGUUUUCCAAAUGAUAGUGACAGCUUGAAAGCAUGACUGGUGCCAGAGGGUCAGCUGCUCAGGCCUUGGCCCACAGCUUGCAGAUUCAGGAGGGGCCACUUACAGAGAAAUCCUAUGCAUGUCUGCUAGGAAGAAAGUCCUACUGAAUUCAAUGGGACAUACUCCCAGGUAUGCACAUAUAGGGCUGCAGCUUUACAAAGCAAUCCUAUGAAGGGCAGGGUGUGAAAGUAUCAGUGGUAGAGGACCCAUCAUUUCCAAAGACCUGCCACGGCUGUGGUGGCCAAGGCAAAACCGUGUGUGUGCAGGGGGUAUCAAUUUAUUCUCAUUGCCUUCUAUGGGAGGGAAAAUACCUACAUCAGCUCUAGAGCCACCGUCACUUUUCUCCUUUAUCUGGGGAGGGGGAGGCUUUGGAUCCUGCAGAUCCUCCCCCAGCCUGCCCCUGCCACAGAUCCUUUCCAGCGCUAUGCUUUCAGCACUGCAAUGAGGAGGCCUCGGGCAGCGGACUUCCUUCUGUGCCCGCAGGCCGCCCUCUCUGCUGGUGGGAAUGGGGACGUCUGUAGCACUGAAGGGCCCUUCAGGUGUCUUCUCUGGCUUCAGCAUGUCAGGAGAGAGAAAACCUUCCAGGUUAACCCCUUCUCCCUUCCCCCCCCCUCUGGCAUGCACCUUUUUGCUGAUAUGUGCCCCUUGCAAAGGAGGGUAGGUGAGACGACAAUUGAAAAUGUAGAGUUCUAGCAUCAAUGCUGGCCUUUUGCACAGGGGAACCUGAAGCCAGUCAUGCUCGCAAGGGGCCUUCUUACAAAAGUGCACUUAGAAAUUAGGUGGUUAAACUGUGCCAGUUCACUUGUCUUUUUUUGUUUAAGUACAUUGAAGUGCUUUAAUUUUGUUUCAUCUUUGAUACUUUCCUGCAAUCCUCAAGCUACUAAGUAUCCCUCUGUACACUACCUGUAUAGUAAUCCUGUAUUUUAUUCCUUCUUAAAUACUUGUACACUGUAAGAUUUAAAACAAGUCCCAUUCCUAGGGAGAACUUCCUUGGCUUCUCUGGGGAAAAGGUUUAGGGUUGUAGAUUUGCAUAUAGUACAUAGAAAUUAUAAUGUCACAGCAUAGAAAGCGAUGUUAAAUAUUUUUUAAAAUUAACUUUUAAUAGCAUUGAGAUAGACUGAUCCACUGAGAUGUACAGAAAAGCCAAUUGUUGCUUUGCAGCAGGCUUUGGAUCAGAGCCUAACAACAGCAGAACUCCUUGUAAUUAAAAUUUAACUUUUUUUGUGUAUACAUAGCCAAGAUAUACUGUAUUUAUUGCUGUAAUCUGCUGGAUAAAAGAAUACAGUUUUCAGCUUUAUAUUAAAAUGCUAUAAAACGAGUAACUCUUUAAUACUACUAUUAAUAAUAUUUGUUAUUAUUUUCCUUCAAAUAAACU